CAGAAAAUCAUUCGUCAAUCAUUCUUGAACCUAUCAAUUCAUUUUCCUAUCGAAUUGCAUGUAAUGGAUGUGUUCGAGAAAUCACAUUUUUUCUCUUAUGAAUAAGGCCGGAAUAUAGAUUUUAGUGUUUUUAACUAUCAAUAUUCAAAAAUUGUGAGCUAUGGCUAAAAAUGAAGAUAUUUCCAACCCCGUGUCCCAGGAAGACAUAGAGGCUGCCGACAAAUUGAAAAAUGAAGCAAACGAAUAUUUUAAAAAGCAAAACUACGACAGUGCUAUUACCUUAUAUACUAAAGCAAUAAGUAAGAACCCUGGAAAUGCGGCGUGCUAUGCCAAUCGGAGCAUAGCUAAUUUGCGAUUGGAAAAUUUCGGAUAUGCGCUGACAGAUGCAUCAAAAGCUAUAGAAAUAGAUAAGUCAUACACUAAGGCAUACUACAGGCGGGCGGCGGCGUACAUGUCGCUAGGGAAAUACAAAUUAGCACUUAAGGAUUUUGAAUAUGUUACCAAAGUCAGACCAAAUGAUCAAGAUGCAAAAAUGAAAUUUAUGGCUUGCGACAAAAUAUGCAAAAAGGUAGCAUUCGAAAAGGCAAUAUCCGUCGACAAGAAGGAAGUCAACAUUGCUGAUACUAUCAACUUAGAUUCAAUGACUAUUGAAGAUAAAUAUGAAGGUCCGAGUCUCGAAGAUGGGAAAGUUACUCUCAAGUUUGUCGAGGAUUUGAUGAAAUAUUACAAAGAGCAAAAGAAACUUCACAAGAAAUAUGCUUAUAAGAUCUUGAUUGAUAUUAAGGCUUAUCUACAAAAACAGCCUUCGCUCGUUGAUAUUAAGGUUCAAGAUGAUGAAAAGUUUACAGUCUGUGGGGACAUUCACGGUCAAUUCUAUGAUUUGAUGAAUAUUUUCGAACUGAACGGUGUACCAUCUGAGAAAAACCCUUACUUGUUCAACGGGGAUUUUGUUGACCGAGGCUCAUUCAGUGUUGAAUGUAUAUUCACAUUGUUCAGCUUCAAGCUGCUGUAUCCGGAUCAUUUCUAUAUGUCUCGAGGUAAUCAUGAGACCCUCGACAUGAACAGAGUGUAUGGCUUCCGUGGUGAAGUAUCUUCCAAGUACACUUCACAAAUGGCAGAUCUGUUCACAGAAGUGUACAACUGGCUACCGCUAGCUCAUUGCAUUAAUAACAGAGUUUUAGUCAUGCAUGGUGGGUUAUUCUCUAAGAAUGACGUCACUCUAGAUGAAAUAAGGGAGCUUGAUCGAAAUAAACAGCCUCCUGAACAAGGUUUGAUGUGUGAACUGCUGUGGUCCGACCCUCAGCCAUCAAUGGGUAGGGCUCCUUCCCGCAGAGGAGUGGGGUGUCAGUUUGGGCCAGAUGUUACCGAGAACUUCCUGAAGACGAACAAUUUGGACUACAUCAUACGCAGUCAUGAGGUGAAAAACGACGGUUACGAAGUUGCCCACAAUGGGAAAUGCAUCACAGUUUUCUCAGCACCUAAUUACUGUGACACCAUGGGCAAUCUUGGUGCUUUCAUAACAAUGAAAGGCAAGGACCUGAAACCAAACUUCACAUCAUAUGAGGCUGUGCCUCAUCCCGACGUGAAACCCAUGGCCUACGCCUAUUCACUGCUUAGUAUGAUGUGUCAAUAAGUCUGGACUCCAACGGGGUUCUGACCCCAAAAAGGAACGGGUAGGACCGGCAUCAUCAAAAAUGUCAUUGACAAGUAGAACAUCUUAAUUAUAGACCACAAGUGUCUUUAGAGCCCUUCACAAGUGCGUAGUUUUACAAACAGUCCAAUGGCGACAUUUGAUGCCGCGUUGCGAAAAUGCCUUACGGCUUAGCCAUUAUAUUGUCUAACAUUUUUGUAGUUUUUUUUUUUUUAAUGGAGACCUUAUUAAGUAUUUCUAUUUUAAGCCAGUUGUUUUGCGACGUUCCAAAAUGGGUCUACAUUGAGUCAAUGACGGAAUUUGAGACAAUACCUUCUAUAUAAGACUGUUGCUUGUGCUGAACUUGUACUUUUAUAAAAUUUCAAGCGACAACGUUUUAGGUAUUUGUUGGCGGUAUUCUUUACAAGAAGAAUUCAUGCAAUUUUAUUUUAAAUUAAAGUUUCUACUAGUAUUGUUGUAUAACCAACAAUGGAAUUUUUAUUGUGUACAUGUAUUAAACACUAGUAGUGUUGCCAUAACAUGAUUUUUAAAUUGAUAUUGCAAUGGAUUUUAUGAAGUGAGUCUGGCUUUUUAUCUGACGUCUCUUGUGCCACUAUAUAUAGUAUUCAUUAUAUAUAAAUUUGUACAUCACAAUGUAAUUUAAAGCAUGCAUUUAAAUAUAAACAUUUUAAACAAUACCAGCUAAUAUUACCCUAAUUAGGAACUUGUGCUUGUACUGGCAUUAUUAAACAUUUCCAAGCAUUCUACAAUAAAUUAAUAUACUAUUGUCAUAUUAAUAUUUAAAAAGGUAAAACAUUUAAAAAUAGUUUAAAAUUCCCAAUUCAAUAUGCUUUGUAAUAUAAACGCAGUGUAAAGGAAAAAUAAAUCUUAGGAUUUAUCUUAAGAUCAAUAACUCGUACUAUGUAUCCAAAAAAUAUAGUCAUUAAAGUACAAUAUUAUCUGCUCAAAAUAUUCUGUUGUAUAAAAAAUGGUACAUUUUUUUCCUGUCACAAAUUACGAUACGAGUGGCUGGUUUUAAUAACUAAGUCAUAUAAAAUUUUUAAUGUCUAUUUAAAGCUAAUCAAUUAUUGUAAGAAAUUUCAAUGUAUCAACGUUAGUUCUACAUCGGGAAUUCAAAAUAUGAAACAGCGCUCUUCGGGUAUUGAGUGGCCGGACAUAUCAUUUAGGUUGGCAUUGACUUAAUCAAUAAUAUUGUUAAAUUUGUA